AUGGCUGCGUCCAUGGUGAGGACUUGCCGUUACUUAUCACGGAAUGGAUGCUGUAUUCUCCUUGAGAGAACGAGUCUUUGCCUCACACCCAGAUCUAAAUUUCACUGUUCUUCCACAGCACAUAACGGGCUGCUCUUCUCUCUAGGUAAACGCGGUAUUCUGAAGGACUCCUUCCCCGAUAACGCAGCUCAGGACCAGCUACCUCGGCUGCUAGAGUCCAGCGCUCAGACUGUAUACUGCGGCUUUGACCCCACGGCCGAUAGCCUGCAUGUGGGUAACUUGCUCGCUAUCAUCGGCCUGCUGCACUUCCGAAGCGCCGGGCACCAUGCCCUCGCUGUGCUCGGAGGGGCCACGGCACAAAUCGGGGACCCGAGUGGGAAAACGAGCGAGAGGGAGCGCCUGUCCGCGGAUGUCGUUGAGGCGAACACCCGCAGCAUCCGGGAGAGCAUCCAGAGGAUUUUCACCAACCACGAACUGUACUUUCACGAUAGCUCCAGGAAGCUGGGCACUGUUAAUGUACUGAACAACCUGAGCUGGUACAAGGACUGGGGCGUCGUGGCUUUUCUGUCGGAGGCCGGCAGGUACUUCAGGAUGGGCACCAUGCUCAGCCGCCAAAGCGUUCAGUCCAGGCUGAAGAGCGCAGACGGUAUGAGCCUGACAGAGUUCACCUAUCAAGUGUUUCAAGCUUAUGACUUCUACCAUCUGAACCAAAUAUAUGGCUGCAAGAUUCAGCUCGGAGGCACCGACCAGCUGGGCAAUUUGAUGUCUGGCCAUGAGUACAUUCACAAAAUGAGUGGCGAGGAGGUGUAUGGCCUGACCAUCCCCCUGGUGACCAGCUCUAUCGGAGACAAAUUGGGGAAGACAGCAGGCAAUGCAGUGUGGCUCAACAGAGACAAGACAUCACCCUUUGAACUCUACCAGUUCUUUCUCAGACAGCCUGACACCAGUGUGGAAGGGUACUUGAAGCUGUUCACCUUCCUACCACUGGCGGAGGUGGAGAGGCUGAUGGAGCAGCAGAGAGAGGAUCCAGGUAAACGCCUCGCACAUAAGCGACUGGCUGCAGAAGUGACGAAACUGGUGCAUGGAAAGGAGGGCCUUGAGAGUGCUAAGAGAUGUACCAACGCACUGUACCACAGCAGCGUGCAGGCCUUGGAGGAAAUGAGUGACGAGGAGCUUCAGGAGCUCUUCAGGGAGGCUCCCUUCCACGAGCUGCUGUUGGAGCCGGGGACGACUGUGAUAGACACCUGUCGCAGAGUCAAUGCAAUCCCAGAGGGGCCCAGAGGGUAUCGGAUGGUUCAGGACGGAGCAGUGUGGAUCAACCACAAUCGGACAGACAAACCAGAGCAAGUACUGAUCCCCAAACUCCACAUCCUGUCUAAUGGACUUACUUUGCUCAGAGUGGGCAAGAGGAACUUCUACAUCAUCAAAUGGCUCAGUCUCUGAGGUCGUCUGCCUCUUGUAAGGGACCAGUUUACUCGAAUGGACUGGCUGGGAAGGUAGGCAACUACACCUCAUCAGGGUCAGCGAGGAGACCUGGAUGGACUGAUAUUUUGGUACACAGUAGGCUUUAGUGUGGCCUAAGCUCAGUGAUUGCCUGUGGUUGUCAUAUAAAUAUGUAUAUGUACAGAUGUGACCUUUAUCUAAAGGUAAGGUAUUAAAAAGCGUUUGAUAUAAAGAUUGUUUCCUGUUGAAUUUGUACUCCCACAGAAAUCCUGCAAAGUGAACGCUAGGGGGCACUAUUGUCCCAGUCAUAAUGGUGGUGGUGCUGCUGCAGUCAGGACACAGCUGCACCACAGAGCCUGCUGUGACCUCCAUAGGUAAAUAAUUGCUCACAGUAAAAUUAAACUGCAUCAUUUCUCGCAAACAGGUUAUGGUCCUAUUUUAAGCGAAUCACUUUUUUUUUAAUUUGAUGCAAACACAAGGCCAACAUCUGUUGUACUGUAGCUGUUUUUUCUUCUUAGUGGUGGGAAGUGUAAACUGUUCCAAAAGAAAAGAAAGGGGUUUUAUAUAAAUUCACAAACAAAGAAAGCUUGCUUGUAGAUUAUUUUUAGACUCCAUGAAUUUUAUAUUUCCAUUAGCAGAAUAUUUUUUUCAAGACUGGCAUUAGAUUUUCCCUUGAAGUACCAGGUUUUCACUGUGGUGUAAAUAACUAUUUUCAACUCUCAGCAUGCACAGACUUUCUCUGUCAUUCUUUGUUUUUUCAUUUUGGAGUUGGGGAUUUUCUUUUGCUUUUGCAGACCCUUAAAUGUGGAUAUGUACGUGGCUUUUUAGUUCUACAUCUGUUCUUCUCUUUUUCUCCUGGGGGCCAGUGGAGAUGAGGACAGGGUCUGGUGUGUGCUGACCUUGACUUACCCCACUCAGUUCCAGAUUACUGGUGGAAAUACAUGGAGUCAUGGAGAUACACUUUGACUCAGUUUGUAGAAAUUUUUAUUUAUUUAUUGGGAAUCAUUGGAUAGUUUUGACAUUAGGUGGUGGGAAGUAUACCUACUCUAACAGAGGAUCCACACCUUGAAGCCUUCAGCCUAUGCAUUUUCAGACAUGUCAUCUCUUUUAAGGUGGAAUGUUUACAAGCAGCUCAUUUUUCACUGAUUGGUUAAAAAAACACUCCACAGCUUAUUUUUCCAAAUGUUAUUGGAGAUUGUUUUUGACAACCUUUUGUGUUUGUAUACAUGUGUAUUUUAUGAAUUGUAAAUGUCUAAAAGAUAUUUGGUUUGAGGUGAAACAGAGUAAAAAAACAUGUCUUGUGAGCUGAAAAAAAGGGUGGUGGGGUCAUCUCAAUUUAAAAUACAGCAUUGUCAUUUCUCAAACUCUGCCAUGAAGUUUAGUCUUGUUUUUUGUUAUCAGGAGGCAGUUUUUAAAACCGCAUU